GCCUCUCCGUGGGACCACGCUGCCGAAGAACUCACUCCCUGCCUGCGGCUGAGGGGGGAAUCGAUGCCGAGAAGGGGCACGAUGCUUCGGCCCCACUCGCCAGGCAGCCGGCAGCGGCGCCGCGCCCGCCGCUGAGGGUGGCAGCGGGCCGCCAUCUCAACUGUGGGCAUCCCUCAGCGCGGGUGGCGGGGCGCCAUGUCUGUUGAGGGCGGCUACCCGCAGCGGCGCCGCCGAGGAAAAGGCUGGGCCCGCCGCGCUGCCGCCGCCGGGGACUGCGGCCAGCGCGCCGUUCGGCUGCCGCGGGGACGGGGCGCCUGCAGAUCUCUCUCCAUGUAGAAGGGAGCACGUGCUAAAGACGCUUUCCAAGACAGGCUAAUUACAAGUAACCUGUGUGCACAGCUUCAAGCCUUGGGAGGAAUUUGGCAGGAUGAAGCCUGUCAUUGUGGUGCAUGGUGGAGCUGGCCGGAUCUUUAAAGAAAGAGAAGAGGGAAGUCGUGCUGGUGUUGUCAGAGCUGCACUGCGAGGUUAUGGUAUCCUGAAACAGGGAGGCAGUGCCUUAGAUGCAGCUGAGGAAGCAGUACGAUCAAUGGAAGAUGAUCCUCAUUUUAAUGCAGGUUGUGGUUCUGUUCUAAAUGAAAAAGGUGAAGUAGAAAUGGAUGCCAUUAUCAUGGAUGGAAAAAAUUUAGACUCUGGAGCAGUAUCUGCAGUUAAAUGUAUAGCAAACCCAAUAAAACUUGCUCGACUUGUCAUGGAAAAGACAAAGCACAUGCUGCUGACUGACCAGGGUGCACACCUGUUUGCUCAGGCCAUGGGUAUUCCUGAGACUCCAGGGGAGAAACUCAUAACCGAGAGAUCCCGGGAGAGAUGGAAGAAGAACCUUGAGCCAGAUUCCAACCCAGAAGAGUUUCAGAAAGACCUUGGAACAGUCGGUGCUGUUGCUAUAGACAGUGAAGGAAAUGUAGCUUGUGCAACAUCCACUGGAGGACUCUCUAAUAAACUGACUGGCCGUGUUGGUGACACAGCAUGCAUAGGAAGUGGAGGUUAUGCUGAUAACCAUUCUGGUGCCACUUCAACCACAGGACAUGGGGAGAGCAUUAUGAAAGUGGUCUUAGCCAGACUGAUCCUCUAUCACAUGGAGCAAGGAAUGUCACCAGAGAUGGCUGCUGACACUGCAUUAGACUACAUGAAGACACGAGUUGGGGGCUUGGGGGGUGUCAUUGUUGUUAGCAAUUCAGGAGAGUGGGCAGCAAGGUUCUCCACCAAGCAGAUGUCCUGGGCUACUGUAAAGGAUGACCAGCUGCAUUAUGGGAUUUAUGCUGGGGAGAGGUUUACAAAAUCUGUUGAUGAAGCACAUAGAUCUGAAAGUGAGGGAUUCUGAGAAUGAAGAAACAGCGGCUGAGGAAGAAUGAAGAUCAGUUUUUGCGGGAGGACAAUGAGAGUUGAUUCAUCUUUCUGAAAGACCUGUAAUCUUUUGAUUGGUUCGCAGGCAUUGCCACAUUGACAGUCAAAAUGAAAUCUGGGCAGAGUUCUUCAGUGGUAAUGGAUAUAUGUAUGGUGUUUAUUAAUACCUUUGGGAAGUCAAGAGAUCCUUCUUUCCUAGAUAAGAAAGAGAAUGGUCAGUAGGUUUCUUGACUAGCAUGCCUUAAUCCUGCUUUAAAGGGAGCCUGAGUUUCAGUAUUAGAGGAACCCCUUUCAAUGCCUAUUCUCAGAAACUGCUGCCAGGAUGAUUGGAGAGAUUAAUACGUAUUAAUUAAAAACUGAAUUCUGAAACUUGUAUUGCUUUCCAGAGUCUUUUGAGCCACCAAACAGCAGUGAAGAGUUAAGACUAUGUCAUUGUCAUAGGCUUGAGGUAACUGUCAGGGGAAAUAAUAACAAAGCAAAGAAAAUAACUGUUCUCCAGAGAUGGGAAACAUGAUGCUGUCUAAGGAGUCCUGUUUUAUUUCAUUCAUUGGCAUCAGACCUACAAUUAAAAAUCAGAGACAACAGUAAAAUAGGCUACAAUAUUUCAAAGUAUAUGUGGAUAGUUAACAGGAAAGAUAUUAUUGACUUAGUAUCUGGGGUAGUAAUAAAGAAGGUCAUUAUUUCAAUAAACAUAAAUAAAACAGCAAUCCUUACUACUCAAAUACAGAGGUGAUAGGAACCUUUUAAGUCUAAAUAUGAGACAGAGAUGAUAAUUAACUGGAAAAAUAAUUAUCUAAAAAUCAAGUGAUAAAAGCAAGCUGUACUAAAACAAAUAACGAGCUGCAUGUGUGAAGUCUGAAACGUUUUCUGGAGAGGUUUUCUUAUUAAAAAAAGAAUUGAUGUUCUGCAUUACCUCUAAUACAGUUUCUUCAUUAAGAUUUUGAUUUUUAAAAGAAAACAAAAACUAUUUUUUCUGACUUCAUGUUAUUUUUUUUGUGUUAAAACUGUGUAAUAAUUUUACGGGGUUUAGCUGGUGACUGGGUUUCCUCUGCAGACGGAUUUGCAUGUUAUAAUUGCAUCCCAUCAUACUGUGGAAUGUUCCCUUUACAGGAUAACACAAAUAAACAUAGUAAAAAUCUUAAA